ACACCCACACCCGACGCGGGUACUUAUAGGUCCUGCCUCCCUCGAACCUUCCUCCCACGAUAUCUCAUAAUCCUCGCCCUUCGCAUCCUGAGCACCUCACAGCCCGUCGCCGCACCAUGGCGAGCGCGAACAUGUCAUACGAGCUCCCUCCGCUGCCCGACUACACGCUCAAGCCUCUCCCGCCGCUUGUACCCUGGGCCUCGGAUGCGAUUCUACAGGUCCUGCUUCCGUUUGCGGGCUACUGGGCCGUCUCGCUGAUAUUCCAUAUCAUCGACGUAUGGGAUCUCCUCCCGCAGUAUCGACUGCAUACACCGGCCGAGGUCCUGAAGCGCAACCAUGUUUCGCGUUACGAGUGUUUCCGGGAUGUCAUCCUACAGCAAGUCAUUCAAACAAUAGCCGGGCUCUUGCUGUCUCUAACAGACGAACCGGCAACCUACGGGAGAGCCGACUACGACGUGGCAUGGUACGCUCAGAAGAUUCGACUCGCACAGUGGGCAUUGCCUGUCGUUUUGGCUGCUGUGGGCUUGAAUCCGACUGCAUUGGCUUCGAAGGUUUCGGCAUCGUACCCAAUGGCCGCCGGUGCGCUCAAUGGAGGUCGAUAUCCGGGAUUAACCCAGACAAUAACACUCGCCGAUCAAGCGACUGUAGCUCCCGCCUUCGCAUCUUGGGAACUCACGUUGGCAAACAUCCUCUACUGGUAUGCCGUUCCGGCGUUGCAAUUUACCGCGGGUGUGGUCAUCAUCGACACGUGGGAAUAUGCCCUGCACCGGUCCAUGCACAUGAACAAAUGGCUCUAUGUGACUUUCCACUCCCGCCACCACCGACUGUACGUGCCUUAUGCGUAUGGCGCACUUUACAACCAUCCGGUUGAGGGCUUCCUCUUAGACACCCUGGGUGCUGGUAUCGCCUACCUCAUUACGGGAAUGACCAUGCGGCAGUCACUGUGGUUCUUUACCUGCUCCACUAUCAAGACGGUGCUUGAUCACAGCGGCUACGACCUCCCGUGGGACCCUCUCCAUUAUAUAUUCCCAAACAAUGCGGCCUACCAUGACAUCCACCACCAGAGCUGGGGCAUCAAGACAAACUUUUCGCAGCCCUUCUUCAUCUUCUGGGACAGGAUUGGUGGGACCAUGUACAAGGGCGAGGUCCAGUCGAAGUAUGAGCGAAGCCGCCGCGCCGCUGAGCAGAAGCUCGCCCAGGAAGAGGAAAAUAAGACCAAGGCAUUGCCUGCUGAAAAAGGGGCAAAUACCGCGCAGACGGCGGACUCUCAGCCCAUCUCAACGCCACGCAGCACACGCAAGAGGUCGCAGUCCUCGACAGGAAACCUGAAAGGGCUAAGAAACAAGGUCAACGAAAGUCUACACGGCAAAAGGGCCAACGUAUUGGGCGUCGAAAGCUCGCAUUAGACCCCCCUUUUUUAUUGUUCUUUGUUUGAGGCACAACAUUUUGGUUCGCAGAACAUACUUAUACCAGAGGUAAUGUGUAGUAUCUCCUGAUGUACAACUCCCUUCGAUUCAUUGUAUUAUUUGGAUACGGCAGGCCUAUUGGAAGGUCUUUGCCCCGUCCUAGAGCUGGAGGGCACGCAUUAUUUGAUCGCAAGACUGCUCGUUCGCUCAUGUAUGGUAUGAGGGGGUGGGUAACGGCGUUCCUAGGCGGCGCGGUUGG